AGCCAAGAAAAAAAUGUCCGAAGAAGGUAGCCAAGUCGGCGACAACGCUUCAACCCUGCAAUCGAAGGUGCGAUCUGAGACAACUCGUCCAAGGAUCGCUCCUUAUAUUCUGAGCAAAGUUUAUGAAAUAAGUAAGGUGAAGAAAGAAGGGGAAAAGCCUAAAGUUGCCUCGGAGUCGUCUACCCAUGUUACCCUAAACGUCAAGGGUCAGGACGAGGAAGGGGUUCGAGUGUUUAAGGUGAGAAGGAACGCUAAGUUGCUUAGGUUGAUGGAACAUUACACCGAAAUGAGAGGCGUCGAGUGGAACACAUUUGGCUUUCUGUUGGAUGGUUCUAGGAUUCGAGAGUAUCAUACACCGGAUGAGCUGGAGCUUAAGGAUGGAGAUGAAAUUGACGCAAUGCAGUGCUGUAUCAACUAAGUGGUUCUGCUUCAUCUUCUAUAUAAUAUUUACAGUUCAAGUUUUUAUGGUGUGGCUGUUAUAUAGUACGCAGAUUCAGAUUUCUAGUUUCAUGUUAUAUAUAUAACCACUCCCGAAUGUUAAUAUGUAUGACCCUUUUUGUUGUACUUGAACCUAGGCAUAGACCAGAUAUAUUUAAUCUUCUAAAGUUGAUUGUA